ACCGGCGGUUUUGGGGUGGCGCCCGCCGGGUGGGUGCCCGGGCCGGGGCUGGGUGGGCGCGGCCGCCCUUGCGGUGCCCGCGGUGCGGAUUUACCGGAGCCGGUUCCCCGCGUGCUCCCGGCACGGGGGUCCCGGCAGUGCCGGGGCGCUCCGGGGCGCACCGGGCGGGCCGGUGACCUUGGCGAGCAGCCGGUCCUGCGCAGCACCGGCACCGGGGCAGGGCCGGGCCGAGCUCCCGGUGUCGCCCCCUGUGCGGAACCGCAGCGGCGGCACCGGCGGAGGUACCGGAGGAGGCACCGGCGGAGGCACCGGCGGGCCCCUCCCGCGGGCCGCACCGGGCACACGAUGCGCCCCCAAAGCCCCUGGGCCGCUGCCCCCGCGGCGCUGCUGCUCCUCGCCGCCCUGGCCGCCCCCGAGGCGCUGCCCGGGGCCCGCGGCAGGAAGAAGGUGGUUCAUGUGAUGGAGGGGGACAGCGGGGCCGUGGUGGUGCAGACGGCGCCGGGCAAGGUGGUGACCCACCGCGGCGGCACCAUCAUCCUGCCCUGCCGCUACCACUACGACGUGUCCGCGCACGACCCGGCCGAGAUCCGCCUCAAGUGGACCAAAGUGACCGAGCCCAUGGACUUCGUGGACGUGUUCGUGGCUCUGGGCAAGGCCCGCCGGGCGUUCGGGCCCUACCGGGGCCGCACGGCGCUGCAGGAGGACGGCGCGGGGGACGCGUCCCUCAUCAUCCGCAACGUCACCCUGCAGGACUACGGCCGCUACGAGUGCGAGGUGACCAACGAGCUGGAGGACGACACCGGCGUGGUCAAGCUGGACCUCGAAGGCGUGAUCUUCCCGUACCACCCGCGGCUGGGCCGCUACACGCUGAAUUUCCGCGAGGCGCAGCAGGCGUGCCUGCAGCAGGACGGGAUCCUGGCCUCGCACGAGCAGCUGCACCAGGCCUGGCUGGAGGGGCUGGACUGGUGCAACGCGGGCUGGCUGCAGGACGGCUCCGUGCAAUAUCCCAUCGCCCGGCCCCGCGAGCGCUGCGGCCGCAAGGACACGCCCGUGGGCGUCCGCAGCUACGGCUACCGCCACAAGGAGAGCGAGCGCUACGACGCCUUCUGCUUCACCUCCAACCUCAACGGCAAGGUUUAUUUCCUGAAGACUUUCCGCAAGCUGAGCUACCCGGAGGCGGUGCAGGCGUGCGAGAAGAACGGCGCGGCGGUGGCCAAGGUGGGGCAGCUGUACGCGGCCUGGAAGAUCCAGCUGCUGGACCGCUGCGAGGCGGGCUGGCUGGCGGACGGCAGCAUCCGCUACCCCAUCGUCAACCCCCGCGCCCGCUGCGGCGGCCGCGAGCCCGGCGUGCGCAACCUCGGCUUCCCCGACAAGAAGUACAAACUCUUCGGCGUCUACUGCUUCCAAAAGGCCGGGCCGGCCCCGCCCGCGGCGGCCGCGGGGCUCCCCAAACGCGUGUGAAUGUGGGGAGCUCCGGUGGGUCCGGCCGGGGGUCCCCCCGCGCCCCGAGCCCCGCGCUGGGCGGGAGCUGCGGGCGGCCCCGCCGAGGGACGGAGCGGCGGCGGCGGAGCGGGCUCGGUGGCGGCCCUCGGUGGCGUUGGGGGACGGCGGGGCAGCGGGAGGGGACGGGUUUGGGGAGCCCGGCCGGGAGCCCGCACCCCGAGCCGGGGCUGGCUCCCCGCUCCCCGCAGCUCUCGCUUCCAGACGCGCCUGUUGCAUGCGCUAAAGGGCCGCGGAGCCCCCGCCCUCCUCAUCCUCCUCAUCCUCACCCGGCCCCGCGCUGACCCCCCGGGAGGUGCCGCCGGGCCCCCCAAAUCCCCUCACAGCGCUGGGCAGGGAGCGGGGGCGGCGGGUUUGGCUUCGGGCCGCGGCAGCCGGGGGGUCCCGCAGCCCCCCGGGGCAGCUCCUGCUUGGCUUGGCCGGGGCCGGGAGGGGCCGGGGGGCGGCGGCCGCCGCGCCCACCGGGCCGGGCACCGGCCGCAGGCUUUGGCAGCCCUGGACGUAGAUGAAAUAAAAGCUUCGGCCGCUUUGGAGAGCUGA